UUAUAGUUUACCUUGGAAACGCAAAUUGAAGAAAUUUAUAUUUUUCCUCGGAAUUUUUUCAUUUCAGUGAUUUACGUCCCAUUUUUCGUAUUUGAACUUUUAAAUUGUGGAAGAAAAAACUUUUUUAAACUCAAAAAAUGCCAAAAGUCGUUUCAAGAAGCAUUGUGUGUUCAGAUACGAAGGAUCAAGAAGAGUAUAAUGAAGAUAAACCUCUAAAUGUUUAUUACUGUCUUUGUGGUAAUAUGGCUUUAAUUUUAGAUUGUAAUCUUGAAAAGUUACCUGUGAGACCUAGAGAUGGAUCUCGUGUAAUUGAUGGCGUAAAACAUGCUCAUAAACUGACGUGUGAACAAGACGAAACAGUUUAUAUAAAAAGGGCUGAAGGAGUUGAAAAACAACACAGGAAAAAAUGCAAAAAAUGUGGCUUUAUCCUUUUUUACCAACACGAUCCUAACAGUAAUGUAACAUUUAUCGUAAAAGGAGCUGUACGAAAAGUUACUGGAGGUCUUUCUCAAACAAAUGUCUAUUCACAAAUACCAGAACCCAAAAAGAUUAUGGUCACAAAGCAUACAAAGAACAUGGGAAAAUUCAGUUCUGUAACUGUAUCUACCAUUGAUGAAGAGGAAGAAGAAAUUGAAGCAAGAGAAGUUGCUGACUCAUAUGCAAACAAUGCAAGAAUCAUUGAAAAGCAAUUGGAAAGGAAAGGAAUGAACAAAAGGAAAUCACUUGAACAGGGAGCUUUUAUAGAAGCAGAAAUCAAGAAAAAGCCAAGAGGAACUCUUUUAGAUAAGAAAAGUGAAUUUUGAAUCCAUUUUAUCCAGGAAAUGAGAGGGGGAAAAUGUUUACUUGAAAACUGAAGAAAAUGGCACUUUAAACCAAGUAUUGUAAUAUAGAAUAAAAAUUUGUACAUACUUAUUUUGUGUAUAUACUUAUGUGUAGGAAGAUGUUAUUGGUUUUUAAAGAAACCUGCUUCUUUGG